UUAAAAUGCGAGUGUCUGCCAUUCAGGAUCUCAGGGAGGAUGAAAAUGAGAAUGAGGAAGAAGAAGAACAGGUCUUCCUCAAGCCUGUUAUUGAGGACAGAAAUAUGGAACUGGCCCGAAAAUGCAGUGAAUUAAUAAGUGAUAUACACUAUAAAGAAGAGUUUAAAAAAUCUAAAGGCAAGUGCAUAUUUGUACCUGACACCCCGCAGCUACAACAUGUGAAAAGCCUUGGUGCUUUUAUUUCUGAGGUAAAGUAUAAAGGAGCUGCUAAGAAAGACCUUUCCAACUCUCUUUAUCAGCAGAUGCCAGCCACGAUUGACAGUGUAUUUGCMAAAGAAUUAAUGCACCUUCAGAGCAAGGUUCUCUAUAAGCAAAAACACGAUGCUGAGAAAGGAUUUUCAGACUAUGCACGYAUGAGGGAACCUCCAGAUGUCAAACACGCCAUGGAAGUCAGUAAACAUCAGAGUGAUGUAUCCUAUAAGAAGGAUGUGCAAGAUACUCAUAGGUACACUGAAGUGCUGGACAGACCAGACAUAAAGAAGGCAACUGAAAUAACAAAGAUAAUAAGUGAUGCUAAGUACAAGAAAGGAAGGGGAGAGUUGAAUAAGGAGCCUGCUGUACUUGGAAGACCAGAUUUUGAACAUGCUAAAGGAGUUUCAAAACUUUUAAGCCAAGUGAAAUACAAAGAGCAGUUCAGCAAGGAGAUGAAGAAUCACCAGUACAAUCCUCUGGACAGUGCUUCCUUCAGGCAAGCACAGAUUGCAUCCACCCUGGCAAGUGAUGUGAAUUACAAGAAAGAUUUGGGAAGCCUACAUGAUCCAGCGUCAGAUCUACCGAACCUGCUGUAUUUAAACCAUGCUUUAAAUAUCAGCAAAACACAGAGUGAUGUCAAGUACAAAGAAAAUUAUGAAAAAUCUAAAGGCAGGUCGAUGUUGGAGUUUGUGGAUACACCAAUGUAUCAAGUUUCAAAGGAGGCUCAAAAGAUGCAAAGUGAUAAAAUGUAUCGCAAAGAUUUUGAAGAAGAGAUCAAGGGAAGACCCUCACUGGAUUUAGACAAGACCCCAGAGUUCUUGCAUAUAAAACAAGUCACUAAUCUUCUGAAAGAGAAAGAGUAUCGAAAAGAUUUGGAAGAAGGGGUGAAAGGAAAAGGAAUGACAGUGUUUGAAGAUACACCAGAUUUGAUUAGAGUGAAAAAUGCAGCUCAGAUACUAAAUGAGAGGCAAUACAAGAAAGACUUGGAAACUGAAAUUAAAGGGAAAGGGAUGGAUGUUGGCCCAGACACACCUGAGAUCAGACGAGCCAAGAAAGCUUCUGAAAUUGCAAGCAUGAAAGAAUACAAGAAAGACUUGGAGAAUGAAAUUAAAGGAAAGGGAAUGGAAGUGGGUAGGGAUACCCUUGACAUACAACGAGCCAAAAAAGCUUCUGAAAUUGUCAGCCAGAAAGAAUAUARAAAGGAUCUGGAGACUGAAAUUAUAGGAAGAGGGAUGCAAGUUGGUCCAUACACUCCAGAAAUACAACGGGUCAAAAGGGCUUCAGAAAUAGCAAGCCAGAAAAUGUACAAAGAUGAAGCGGAGAAGAUGCUCUGUAACUAUUCUGCUGUCCCAGACACUCCYGAGAUGGAGAGGAUAAGAAGUACUCAGAAAAACAUCAGUUCAGUGUUUUAUAAGAAGGAAGUAGGAGCUGGCACAGCUGUAAAAGAUACUCCAGAGAUUGAAAGAGUAAAGAAAAAUCAACAGAAUAUUAGUUCGAUUAAAUACAAGGAAGAAMUUCAGCGUGCAACAACUAUUUCUGAUCCACCUGAACUAAGGAGAGUUAAGGAAAACCAGAAGAAUAUCAGCAAUGUUCAGUACAAAGAGCAGCUCUGCAAAGCUACACCUGUGAGUGUCACCCCUGAGAUGGAAAGAGUCAAGAGGAAUCAAGAGAAUGUCAGCAUGGUUCACUACAGAGAGCAGCCUGGCAAAGCUACUGCUGUGAGUGUCACCCCUGAGAUAGAGAGAGUCAAGAAGAAUCAAGAUAAUAUCAGCUCGGUCAAGUACAGCAGUGAUCAGAGGCAGAUGAAAGGUAGACGUAGUGUGCUUCUAGACACACCUGAGCUAAGGCAUGUCAAAGAAACACAAAACAACAUCUCUAUGGUAAAAUAUCAUGAAGAUUUUGAGAAGACAAAGGGCAGAGGCUUCACCCCAGUGGUAGAUGAUCCUAUAACAGAGCGUGUACGGAAAAACACCCAAAUUGUGAGUGAUGCAGCAUAUAAAGGUGUGCAUCCACAUAUCGUUGAAAUGGAUAGAAGACCUGGAAUAAUUGUUGAUCUUAAAGUUUGGCGCACAGAUCCUGGCUCCAUCUUCGACAUUGAUCCUCUGGAGGACAAUAUUCAGUCUAGGAGUCUGCAUAUGCUUUCUGAAAGAGCAAGCCGUUACAGUAAGCAGUAUUUGCAUUCUACCAGUGUGGGAGAUUAUAAAUCAGAUGGCUCUGACACGAACCCCACCUUUUCUUACUGCAGUGAGAUAACCAGGCCAUCUGAUGAAGGAGCCCCUGUUCUCCCUGGGGCAUAUCAGCAAACCCAGACUCAAGGAUAUGGAUACAUGCACCAGACCAGUAUGUCAUCCAUGAGGUCCAUGCAUUCACAGCCCCAUUCAACAAGUCUGAGAACAUACAGAGCUAUGUAUGACUACAGCGCUCAAGAUGAAGAUGAAGUUUCCUUCAGGGAUGGUGAUUAUAUCAUCAAUGUGCAACCAAUYGAUGAUGGCUGGAUGUAUGGUACUGUUCAGAGAACUGGGAAAACAGGAAUGCUUCCAGCAAAUUAUAUUGAGUUUGUUAACUAAUUUUUGUCUCUAGUCCUUUGAGCUUUAUUAUGAUUUACUUAAAAUCUAAACUUUUAGAAAAAGGUCAGAAGAAUCUUUAAGAGUUCAUGAUCAUUACUUUAUCACUGCUAUAACAGUUUGCAUUCUCACUCAGAAUCCAUUUUAGAGUCCUUUAAAGAAAAAAUAAAAAAUCCACAAGAAGCUCAGAGCUUUGAAAACAGCAUUGCUUAUAAUAGCGCUCUCUCAAAAUGAAAAACAUGUAUGGAAGCCUGGUGCUGCCAAUCUUACAAAGAUUUUGGUCAAUUAACUGUAAAGGGGAAACACCUUUCCCCUUCACUUCCAAGAUGUUAUAACCAUAAAAUUGAUUCACUUCUUAUGGCACUCUGAAGUCACAGGAGGUUAACACACUGAGUUUGAACACAUCUUCAAAUUAUCAGGGAAAUGUUUAAUGUUAAAGCACUUAGCUUCCUAAUAAAAAUUUACAUGUUGAGUAGAUAAUUCAGUCAUUUGAAAUAAAAACAAGUAAUAUGCCAGUAAAAAAAAAAAAAACAAACCAAUAAAACCCCCUACCGCCCAGCAGCCUUACAGUAAAUAAGUCUAUUUUUACAGGAAAGAUUUCCUGACUCCUGCAUAUCCACUUUUAUUCUUGGUUUACCCAUUUCUUCUUUUUUCCAAGCCGUCUAUCAGCUUUGCUUCCAUCCCARUCCAUCAAUUAGAUCCAGGUCUGGAUUCAUGGUUCUUCAGUAUCUUUUCCACAGAACGUUCCUUGCGGAGACUAUCUAAAAAACAAAACCUGUCAACUCUUCUGUUUYCUUCUAAUAAUACUUAGCAUUUAAAUAGAAACUUUCAUUAGGGCAACGUACAACCAAUACUCCAUGUUAGCUCCUUUACCUUCCCCUGUGCUGCUGUAAAUAAAGACGCCCCCGAGGCCCCGGUGCUGCGCGGUCACGCAGAGCUGCGGUCACAUCCCCUUCUCACCACGGGUAACUCGCUUGGUGGCUGCUUUGCUGAGCUGCUGUCCCUCCCCUGCUGCAGAAACUCUUGUGCCUCCAUGGAGCAGUGGAGGAGAGCUCUGGUUCUUGUGCAUUUCAGAUCAAUGGCCUGUCGCUUCAGUUUCGCUCCCAAAAUCUUGGUGAUCCACCAGUGGGUUGUACGCUUGCCAAAUGAUUAAUGAUGGAGAAAUAUGGUUUCUUUCACUGACUUAAUCUUUCUCAUAACUGAUGGAAAAGCUAACUAAGUAGAAGUUCAACAUACUCUAUGCCAUUAUACUUCAGUUUAGCCAUCUGUAGAAAACGUUAAAAAUAUUCUGCUGACAAACCUUCACAUGCUAUUUGUUGUCUAUUCCCCUAUGGUCAGARCUGAGAGAUCCAGGUCUCAGACUGSGAGGCUGGGGAGGGGAUCAUCAGCUGGAGACACAAUGGAUCUGGGAGAGGAAUUGUGUCAGCAGGCUUGGGUCACAGGCAACUUGUAUUUGCUUAGGGUGCUGCAUUCCCUCCCAGGGAGAAAUUCUGGGAGGAAGGACAAAAGAGUUAAAUAUUCAUGUGAGAAUUUACUCAUGUGAAUGCAGAGAUGUGCAAGGAAGAAARUAUUUUUCUGAUAAAAUAAUUUAUGGAGUUCAGCCAUGUGCUAAGGAAGUUAACUUUGGAAUAGCCCUCAGAAUACUGCACUGGCUUUCUUCAAUUUCUAAAAUUUCUAGAAGUCAAAUUAAAUAUAGAGCUUUUACACAAUUUUAUAUUUCUCAUCUCACAUAGUAGGCAACCCUGCAAUAACUAUUUAAAAAAUAAAGAAGGAAGGCAGUAUGGAUUUGUUAUGUCAAGUAAAAGUUGUCARUGCAAAUACCUGCAAGUUCUAUUUUUUGCAUACAGUUAAGAAUUGGAAAGCUUAUGCAAUUUUAUUUUAGGCCUUGCUAACACAGGGAUGAUUUCAGCUACCAAGCAGAAUGGAAUGACUGCAUUAAAAAAAAAAAAAAUCCCAAAAGAUUUCUGUGACUGUGGAAUUGCCUGUGCUUUCUUGCCAGCAACCUAAUUUCAAGGCUAAAGCUGUCCAGGAUCAUCUAACUUAAAAAAAAAAAAAGUUUUAGAAGCAGAGUUCCAUGACUGUAAAUAUGCAAUAUAUAUGGCUGACAGCUGUGAUUUAAAAUUCUUGCAAGUUUUGCAUAAGAAUUGCAGGGUCUUGCAGCAGACCCUUGUGCAUUCUUGGUGGCAUCCACCUGACAUCAGCAAGUCAAAUGGCUUUUUUAAAGGCUGAUGUGGUAAUCUGAGCUAGAAGCUCUGAAACAAGCAGUUUGCUUCUGUGUUAAUUUUCACCACCAAUCAUCAACAGCAAGUAGAGGAAUUCCAUCUUCUGCUGGGUGGCAAAUUUUUCAGAUGAUGCCUGAGGCACAAUUGGCUGUCACUGUGCUUCUCUAUUAGCUGUGUAAUGCUGACAACAAUAAAAACAAAGUGUCAAUUUGUUAACCACAUACGAAUAAAAAACAAAUAUAGAGAAUAUCUAUAUUGCAUCAAGUUGCAAUUUUUAGUGACUUGUAAAACAGACAGUCUCCACCUAUAAAUACACAGUUAUUCUUCCUAAAUGAGGAGACAGCUUCCAGUGUUGAACAUUUUAUGUAUAGACGUAAAUCAGAAAAUGAGCAUUUGGUGACAUUAGAGAACUAUGUAUGCUAAACAAUGGGAAUAGAAUUUCCUUUAUGAAUUUUGAAUAUUCAUAAGCCUUGCAGAGCAGCCAAAGCAAUUAAAAAAAAUAAAAGGUCAAGAAAACAAAACAGUAUGUGAAUUGUAUUUCUCUUGAGAAUGGUAUGUCAGCAGAAUUAUUAAGAUCUGAUUUAAGUUACUUUUUCUUGCCGUCAACUUUUUAUGUCAUAUAUGCUUAGAAAUUUAUGUUUAUAUGGAAUGGUUCCUGCUUUUUGAUAUAAAACAAACUUUAGUGUAAUUUUGCAGCUUUGUUCUAAGCAAUGCAAUUAAAGGCCCAAAACAAUCAGAAUGCAAUUACAAAAAUGUUUUUUUAAUAAGAUCUAAAAUUUGUAAGGUAGGGAGAGUAAAUCAAACUAAAUUGUGCCAGCACACGUUUUUUUUAAAGCAUAUGUUGGAGACUGUUACAUGCAGUGUGAUGUAGGGGAGAAAGGACUUUACAUGCUGUCUUGUCACCUUUAAAGUUUAUAUUCAUUUUUAGCGCAGCAUGUUCCCCUCACUGUUCUUUCUUCCUGUAGUCAACAUUUUUCUGAGGGAAGGAAAGGGCUUUUAAGGACUUGAAUUUCCCAAGUCGUUCCAAAGUUCGGGUUGGAAGUCCAAAUGUUCCCAUGUAAGAAAUAAAGAAUUCUGUAAAGAAUGCUGUAAUUCUUGCUAACGUGAGUAUAAAUGUAGAAAACAACAUAGAGCAUAUUCAUGCAUACAUACAAGAACAAAUGGGUGCCUUGCUUUUCAUUACUCUUUCUUGCCUGGCUAAUCUUCAUUUUUUAAACAAAGCUACGUACAGAUACUGUGGUYGUAAUUCUUCAUUAUGGAACAUUAGCAUUUAGUCUUGAUGAAACAGGGUUUUCUUGAUUACAUUUGGCAUACAAUAAACUACUUCAGCAGAUUGGGAUUUGAUGGAGAAUCACCUCCCAUGGAUUAUGGUUUUGACAAAUGCGUCCCUACCGAGUGUUUCUUGGGGAUAUGGAAGGUCUCCAAGACUUGGGAAAGGUAAUAAUUCUAGUUUUUAUUGGACAGUGACUGCAGGUCAUCUUGUAYGAUGAAAAAGAAAUGACAAAUACAGAGGUCUUUGGCAGAAGGUAGUACAGGGUAUAAAAUCUUAGAUUUUUAUUAAGUUGAUUAAUACUCCAUUUAAAAUACAGAAUAUGCUUUAGUUAGUAAAUGUUUCAAUAAUAUACUGAAACAGACAGAAGAUGCUGUUGAAAGAAGUCCUCUAAACUGAUGUGCUGGCAAAUGCAAAGUACUAGUGAGCUGUAGAAGAUUAAACCAUUCUGCAAUGCUUUAGUGAUUUUCUCCAGCUUUAUGCCAUAGGAACCCCAUCUCUCCUUUGGAAAGAAAACCUGAAAGCUCUAUUUCCUAAACUGCCUGCACUACAACAGUAUAUUCAAAGGAAUUUCAUAUGCUUCUUGUGUCUGAUAAAUAGAAUUUGCAUAUUGUACUUCAGUUGUAAUCCAGUUGUUGUUGACAUUUGUUUAAUUAUUAUUAUUUUAGGGGGGGAAAUAAGCUAUACUGUAGCAUUUCAAUUGUGUAUUUAAUAUUACUAUUAGAAAUUGCUAGAUCAUUGGAAGACAGCAAUGACUGUAUUGACAUUGAUUAGCAUGAUGUGGAAAAUCUCUCAGCUGUUGGUUUUUGCAGUGUGAUAUAAAAAGCAAAAAUGAACCGCUGUGCAGUUUGGCUUAUGUUUGCUUUAAAGUGUGUAAAGUUUUAGUUAUUUUGCAAAAAUGUACUGUAUUUGGGGGUAAACAGUUAUGAAGGUAACAAUUGUUUUUCAAAGGACAGAUAAACUUACUCUUGGAUCAUAUGAUGUAUCAUCUUAAUUUGGCUUUUGUUAUGCAGAAAGKUAACACCAGCUAUUAAAAUAUAUUUUAGUAGAAAUGCUUUAAUUCCUGUUUCUUCCUCUACACUGUGAAUAUUUAAGCUUUGGUGGACUAGAGCAACAUCAUGCUGCCCAAAGUACUGACCUAUGCAAACUAGUUCACAUUUUAGUUGAUGUCACAGUGGAUGUAACAUAACAGUUUAUUUUGCAUAACAUUAAACGUCAUUCAAAUAAAAUAUUAAACCCAGCACUAUGUAUGUAUUAUAUUCAUAAACAACACUCUGUAAAGCUGCCAUACCCAUUAGCAAAAGCUCUCA